AUGCGCGUGACCCUUGAGCGAGCCAACCUUCUGAAAUCCCUCAAUCAUGUGCAUCGCGUCGUCGAGCGGCGCAACACGAUCCCGAUUCUGUCGAACGUGUUGCUGAAAGCCGAUGGCGGAAGCCUCGCCAUGACUGCGACCGACCUGGACCUUGAGAUCAACGAGGCGGUGCCGGCGCAUGUGGAACAGGCCGGUGCGACCACCGUCCCCGCGCACCUUCUCUACGACAUCGUCCGCAAGCUGCCGGACGGCUCGGAGGUCAUGCUGUCGACCGAUGCGGACGGCGCUACGAUGAGCGUCGUCACCGGCCGGUCGCAGUUCAAGCUGCAGUGCCUGCCCGAAUCCGACUUCCCGCAACUGGCGGCCGGCGAAUUCGACCACAGUUUCCGACUGGACAGCGCCGUGCUGCGCCGGCUGAUCGAGGCGACCCAGUUCGCCAUCUCGACCGAAGAGACGCGCUAUUAUCUGAACGGCAUCUAUCUGCACACGGCCGAAGCCGACGGCGACAUCGUGCUGCGCGCGGUUGCCACAGACGGCCAUCGCCUGGCCCGUGCCGAAACCAAGGCGCCGGACGGCGCCGAGAGCAUUCCCGGCGUGAUCGUGCCGCGCAAGACGGUGGGCGAACUCCAGAAGCUGGUCGACGAUCCGGACGUGUCGGUGCAGAUCGAACUGUCCGACAGCAAGGUCAGGUUGACCAUUGGUUCUGUCGUGCUGACAUCGAAGCUGAUCGACGGCACCUUUCCCGAUUAUCAGCGCGUCAUUCCGGUCGGCAACGACAAGGACAUGGUCAUCGACCGCAAGGUCUUCACCGAGGCCGUCGACCGCGUAUCGACGGUCUCGUCGGAACGGGGCCGCGCGGUCAAGCUGGCGCUGUCGGACGGGCAGUUGACGCUGGCCGUCAACAACCCCGAUUCCGGUUCGGCGACCGAGGAGUUGCCGGCCGGUUACGACGCCGAGGCGAUCGAGAUCGGUUUCAAUGCGCGUUAUCUUCUCGACAUCGCCAGCCAGCUCGGCAGCAACGAGGUGAAGUUCUCGUUCGCCGAUGCCGGCUCGCCGACGCUGAUCGAGGACCCCGAGGACAAGAACGCGCUCUAUGUGCUCAUGCCGAUGCGCGUCUGA